GCCAUCAUCACCAUCAUGGCGCCCGGCCGGCUACAUCUGAGCGCGCUGGCGCUCCUGCUCGCGGUCGCGUUCUACUACUUGGACCUGACGUCGCUGGUCCCGACGAGCUUGCUGCUGCAUCUCCCGACCUCCGUGGCGAAUGUGCUGGGCGGGGAGCAGGUUGUGCUGCAGGCGGCGCAGGAAGUCGACGGACAACGACAGGCGGUCUUCGAGCAAGCAUCAACGCAGGCUGAAGAACAUCCCCCCUUCGACGCUCCUCCUUCCUUCAAACGCCACAUAGUUGCCGUGGGCGACCUGCACGGCGACCUCCCGAAUGCGCUCAAGGUCCUCAAGUUCUCGGGCGUGAUCGACGAGGCGGGCGACUGGACAGGGAUUCCGGACUUCUUUGUGCAGACAGGGGAUAUAAUAGAUAGAGGCGACGAUACGAUCCCGUUGUUUGACCUUAUGGACAAGCUGCGCGCGCAGGCGCCUGAAACCGGAGGUCAGGUCCUGUCGCACCUUGGGAACCACGAAUGGAUGAAUGCGAUUGGGGAUUGGAGAUAUGUGUAUCCCUCCGAGAUCAAGACCUUCGGUUCUGUCAAGGAGCGACAAGACAUGCUCUCCACCGGUCGCAUCGGCAACACCUGGGCUGCGAACUACACUACCGCUUCCCGCUUACCUCUUCACCCCGCUCUCGGUCCGCCGAACACGCCCUAUCCCAAUACCGAGCAGCCAUCUGCAAGCCCUCUUCUCUCACAUGUCGCGCUUUCCUUCGUUCACGGCGGCCUCUCGCCCACAUACAGCAACCUCUCCCCCUUCCCCUCCCGCAUCAACGACCUCUCGGAUUCCCUCCUGCGCAAGCUCCAGCGCCGCACUCAGCCUCCACCUCAUCCGCCCGCCGCGUACCCUGGCCUACCUCACAGCACCACAGACGAAGAGGCUGAGCUCUAUGGCGCCGAUGGCCCGCUGUGGUACCGCGGCUGGGCGUUGGGCACCGAGGCCGAGGUGUGUGCCGCGGUGGACGGCGUGCUCAACAAGACUGGUACCCGACGCAUGAUCAUGGGCCACACGCCGGACUUCCACGGGAUUGUGUCGCGGUGCGAGGGGAAGAUUAUCAUCAUUGACACGGGGAUUAGCCAUGCGUAUGGCGGGGCGCUGUCGGCGCUGGAGGUCUUGUAUGAGUUGGCGCCGGUGAGGAAGGUGGAAGAGGUAAAGGAUAGUGAGGAGGAGGCAUGGGUGUAUAGGGAACGAGAGGUGGUGAACGCGCUGUAUGUGGAUGGGAAGGAGCUCAUCGCGGAUGAUGUGCGGGAGUUGACGCUCAAGGCUAACGAUCUGACCAUUGUGUCGUAGCGUAGUAGCGUGGGGACUGUAACUUAUUUGCUUGCUGUGUAUCGGAUAGUGUGUUCGGACAUCGCUAGUUUGCCUGGCACUCGAACUUCAAUGUCUCCCAAUACCUCGUCAAUACUUUACACGUGUAGAUGACCUCCCGGCGCGUUCCAUCUUGUCUCUUACCAUCAUGCUCAGGUUGUGUUGUGCGUCGAGUCCUCGUAGGACCAUUCUACCCAGUCAACACGAGCUCUU